UUCACUUCACCUGAAAAUUGCAUAUGCGUCAAAAUCAAGUGCAAAGUUUUCAAAACACAUCCUGUGGAAAUUAAAGUGCAUAGUUAAAUGCGAAGUAACUGGAAAUAGAAACUGUUUUCUGUGCAUUUUUUCCGUUCCCGUUAGGUUUCUGGUUUAAAUCAACGCGAUUUCCGAACGUUUCGGGAAGUUUUUGUACCUCGCAAUGUCUGAAUCAUACGAUUAUCUAUUCAAGUUUCUCAUCAUCGGCCGAGCUGGAAGUGGAAAAUCGUGUCUGCUGCAUCACUUUAUUGAAAACAAAUUCAAAGAAGACAGUUCACACACCAUCGGAGUUGAGUUUGGUUCCAGGAUCGUCAAUGUGGGUGGCAAAUCUAUCAAGUUGCAAAUUUGGGACACGGCUGGACAGGAACGGUUCCGCUCUGUCACAAGAUCUUACUACCGAGGUGCUGCUGGUGCUUUAUUGGUGUACGACACAACCUCUCGGGACAGUUUCAAUGUCCUCUCGAAUUGGCUGAAUGAUGCUCGGACGCUCGCUUCGCAAAACAUUUGUAUUUUGUUGGUUGGAAAUAAGAAAGAUCUGGAGGAAGACCGGGAAGUAACCUUUCUGGAGGCAAGCAACUUCGCUCAGGAAAAUGAGCUAAUAUUCCUGGAGACGAGCGCCAAAACGGGAGAAAAUGUGGAGGAAGCUUUUCUGAAGUGCUCGAAAACUAUCCUGGCAAAGAUCGAAACCGGCGAGUUGGACCCGGAACGAAUUGGCAGCGGCAUUCAGUAUGGUGAUACAUCGAUGCGAAGUGGCGGAGGAGCUGGAUUGGCAGGUGCUCGACAGCAAAGCAGCGUCAGACGUCGGACGCCCGAUUGUGCCGGUGGCUGCCGGCCGUAGAGGUGCGCAUUUUCUUUGAAAAGAAUGCUUUUCCUCUUGCCCACGGGAAACACUUUUCUCUCUGUUGUAUUUGCAAAAUUUGUAGGUUUUAGUCCGAUAACCGCUUGAUACCGGCGGGAUACUUUAGAGGUGAUUGGGUAAGUAAAAUGAGCAUACAGGCACGUACAAUAAUAACUAUUGGAAAACUGUUAAAGACGAAUUGUGCAUUCUAUAUAUAUAUUUUUGGCUUUUCUAUCACCUUUUAUUGACAUUUAUUUACACAAGAUUAUGGGCAAGUAAAAGCGUAACUAAAAACUGCAACCGUUCUAUUUACAAAUCUGAUAAUUUAUCGGAAAUCUCACAUCGGUGAUCCCUUAUGGUUUAUCCAUACUUGCAACUUUAUUUCGAAUCCAGAUUUUAAUUCCAUUUAUCUAAGUUUAUACCUAUUUUUCUAGCGGUAAUUCUCUAACCUUGUAAGCAGCUCUCGAUUAGACACUUAACCGAAACAAAACUGAGAUACGUUGUUUUUGAUGUUAAUUAGAGAUUAUAAAUUUGUGUACGCACCGUGUAUUGUACGAAAAAGAAGAAAAAAAUCAAUGAAUAUCUUUUGAAUGUUUAUUUAAACCACAAUAUAAUAAGUAUCGUAAACAAAUAUGUUCCAGUUGUCUUGAGGACUGUAG